ACAAGUAACAACGUUCUCCUAACUAAUGGGCCUACCCAAAAGAAAAAAAAAACGAUAGUAAUUGACUUGAGUAAACUAUUCUUAGUCUUGCCACCAAAUUGACUUAACAAAAUCCCCGCCAUAUUCCACAACUCCACUCACAUACAUCUGUGACCUGAGUAUCAACCACAGCAAUGGCAGUAACCGAUCUCUUUGCCGGCGAGAUAGCGACCGAGCUCCUUAAACAUCUUAUCGCCAUCGUUCGUAAAUCAACUCUCUGUAGAGCAAGUGCCGAGGAACUCAUCCAUCACAUCCACGAACUCCUCCCCAUCAUCCAAGAAAUCAAGUACUCUGGAGUGGAGUUACCUCAGUUUCGACAAUCUCAGCUCGAUCGAAUCUCCGAAACUCUUCGUUCCGGUAUGGAACUCUCCAAUAAGGUGCUCGCUUCGAAUCGAUGGAACGUCUACAAGAAUCUGCAGCUAGCUAGGAAGAUGGAGAAGCUUGAGAAGAAGGUUUCAAGGUUUGUUCAAGGGCCUAUGCAAGCUCAUGUUCUUGCUGAUGUUCAUCACUUAAGGUUUGACUCGGCUGAGCGGUUUGAUCGGCUUGAUGGAUCUACUAGAAGGAUUGAGAGCCAACUAAGCUCGUUGAAGAUUGGGGGUACUGCUGUUGCUGCUGCUGCUGCUGCUGCUGCUGCUGCUGUUGGUGGUGGGUGGGUGGAGGAAGAGAUGGGGAGAGUGGAGGAAUUACAAGGGAUGUUUGAGGGUAGUUUGGGGAAUUUGGCUUUGAGUUUGGAAGUGGGUGUUAAGAAAGUUAAGGAGAUUGUUAUGGGGAAGUGUGAUGGUGUUAUUGGGAUUUCUGGGAUUGGUGGUAGUGGUAAAACUACUCUUGUUAAACAACUUUGUAGGGAUCAUCAACUUAAAUCUUACUUUAGCGAUCGGAUUUUGUUCCUGACUGUGUCUCAAUCUCCUAAUGUGGAGGAACUGAGGUUAAGGGUAUGGCAAUUUUUGUCGGAAACGGAGUAUAUGGAUAGCAAAUCUGGAGCUGGUGCUCUGGUGGUAUUGGAUGAUGUUUGGUCGCUAUCAGUGGUGGAGCAGCUUAUUUUCCGAGUGCCUGGUUGUAAAACCCUUGUUGUUUCAAGGUCGAAAUUUCCAAGUGUUGCUAACCAGACUUAUGAGGUUGAACUGUUGAACAAUACUGAAGCUAUGUCUUUAUUUUGUCAGUCUGCUUUUGGGCAGAUUUCUGUUCCUGUUAGCGCUGAUGAUCGAUUGGUCAAACAGGUUGUGAGUGAAUGUAAAGGUUUGCCUUUGGCUCUUAAAGUAAUUGGAGCUUCACUGCGAGGGCAACCACCCAUGUUUUGGAUAAGUGCAAAGAAGAGGCUUUCCCGGGGUGAGCCUAUUGGUGAAUCUCAUGAGGUUAAUCUGGUAAAGCGGAUGGAAACAAGUAUAUCUUAUUUGCCUGAAAAGGUUAAGGAAUGUUUCCUCGACUUGGCUUGCUUCCCUGAGGACAAGAAGAUCCCCCUAGAUGUUCUAAUUAACAUGUGGGUUGAGAUUCAUGACAUUGAUGAAGAAGAGGCUUUUGCUAUUCUUAUGGAGUUGUCGGAGAAGAAUCUUCUUUCUAUGCUCAAAGAUGCAAGGGCUGGAGAUCUGUAUAGUAGCUAUUAUACCAUCUUUGUGAUGCAGCAUGAUGUUUUGAGAGACCUAGCUUUGCAUUUAAGCAAUUGGGGACACAUUAAUGAGCGAAAACGUCUGAUUAUGCCACAAAGAGAAGCAAGUCUUCCAAAAGAAUGGGAGAGGAAUGCAGAUCAGCAAUUCAAUGCCCAGAUUGUUUCGCUACAUACAGGUGAAAUGAAGGAAACAGAUUGGUUAUCCAUGGAUUUCCCCAAGGCUGAAGUACUGAUAUUAAACUUUUCCUCAAACGAGUACUUUCUUCCACCCUUUAUAACCAAGAUGCCAAGACUAAGGGCAUUAAUAUUAAUCAACAACAGCAGCUUACAUGCAGUCCUUGUCAACUUAUCAGUAUUUGCUACUAUGGGCAACUUGAGGAGCCUCUGGUUUGAAAAGAUCUCAGUUCCUCAGUUGCCCAAGAGUAGCUUACCAUUGGUGAAAUUGCGGAAAAUAUCACUAGUGUUAUGCAAACAAGUUGAUAAGAUAUUGGAGCAAUCUGUUACGGAUUUGGCACCCCAUCUGUCAGAACUGACAAUAGAUCAUUGCAUAGACCUGGUGAAGUUGCCUGAAAGCAUAUGCUGGCUUCGCUCACUGGUGAGUCUAAGCAUUACCAAUUGCCACAGCUUAAAAGAGCUACCAUCUGAUAUAGGUAAGUUGGAUUGUCUACAAAUCAUGAGGGUGUAUGCUUGCCCCAAUCUGAAAAGUCUGCCUUCCGGUAUAUGUCAGCUAGUUUGGUUGAAGUACCUUGAUAUAUCUCAAUGUGUGAAAAUGGUGUUACUUCCAGAAAACUUUGGUAGACUGAUUAGAUUGGAGAAGAUUGACAUGCGUGAGUGUUCCUACAUAAGGACACUGCCAAAAUCUGCAGUAUCUUUGCAGUCAUUGAGGCAUGUCAUAUGUGAUGAAGAUAUUUCGUGGAUGUGGAAGGACUUGGAAUUUGCUCUGCCUGGACUUCGAGUUCAGGUUGCUGAGGAUUGUUUUGACCUUAAUUGGUUGACAGACUGAGCAAAUCAGGACUGGUUACAGGAUACAAGGACUGGUAUGGGAUCUGAUCAUGGUAGAUACUAAUACAGUGCACAUCAUAGUAGGGGAUUUGAUCCCAACUCACACCAGGCAGUAGUGAAUUACCGAUGUAUAUAGUGGUAAGUUCAAUGUUGAACUUAUAUCAUGUACUACCUCCGUUUCAAAAAGAUUUUUACAGUUACUA